CUCAGGUGAAUCAUAUCGCAAUCCAACAUAUCCAGAAGCGUUGUCGUACACACCUAAGUAGGACAAGCUAAAGUGAUAAGCGUCGUGGAGCAUCAAAAUCAAAGAAUGCGUGCAUUUGUUUAUGGAACGCUGACACAUAAACCUGUGUUAGAAUCUGUAUUGGGCCAUGUCGUAGGACCACAAAGGAGAGCUGUCCUGUGCGACCACGCACGCUUUGCGGUCGAUGGCGAGAUCUACCCAGGUCUGAUUUCGAAGGCGGGCACUAGCAUCGAAGGCCUUGUUUUCGAUGUUUCCGCGGAAGACAUACAGAUACUCGAUGAAUUUGAAGGAGAGGAAUACGUUCGGACAGCUGUUUCAGUCAGCCUAGUAGAGCCCAAUAAUACUGACACACCCGAGAAUAGCUCAGACAUCGAAGCAAAUGUAUAUAUUUAUAUUGGAGAUCUUGAGAAACUGAAAGGAUCCUGGUCACCAAGUGACUUUGCAGCUACUACAGGUCACGGCGCGGAUGUAGUGAAGCAGCUAUGGGAUAGGUUGUAUUGAAUCGUUAGUAAGUACGUAUGUAACAGCCCUGGAAAGGUUGGACUGUUCGUCUAUUAAAGUAGAACUUGAGGGAGUGUUAUAAUUUCUGUACCAGUGCAUUACGGACAAGUACCAGCUUUUUAUUCGCAAGGCACUCUGAAACUCUCGCAAGAACAUGGCAUCACACUUAUGUACAGAACAGUUUAUUUAGACGAGGACAGGCAGUCUCACUUCCUUUUACCCUUGAAUACAAUUAAAUGCAGCGUUCGUGUAGGGUAAUAUUGUCCUUCAUUUCCGUUGAUUUUGUCCUGGCUGUGAGUGUAGUUUGUUAUGCAUCGUGAGCACGAUGUCAUAACCGAAACCAGCGUGAGCAAGAUAACGAGGCCAUGGCACAUGCUAUAAGUUUUUCCGCGCCCUUGUCGCAUUUGAUGCCGAUGCCGCUGUUCCCGUUAAUAGAGUAUGUCGCUCCUUCAUAUCGGCGAAGUGUACGCCCCCAAAUAGCAUCAGUUGAACGGCAUCUCGCACGGUUACAUCCAUCUCGUAUUUGUAUUUGCAGACCACAAUGUAGCCGAUAUGUGCAGGGACAAGAAGAAAGAUUAAGCCUGGAACGAGAAAAAGACAGAAGGCAAAUCCCUUCAUCAGUGAUUUAGUAAGAGAAUGUUGCGUAUCAUCAUUCAGUUGAUCGACCAUCUUGAAGAAAGAAUUCGAACUGGCGGUAGACCGGUAGUGCAACAGGUAGCGGUGUUUUUCUGAACAUGGACGUGUGGAGGCCCUGUUUUGAUAUUCAAAUAAUUUCCGUGAAACGUUCACGACUUCACGUAUUUUGCUCCCACUUGCUCUGU